GUACAUACAUGGAUAUAAUAAUUUAUACUAUGUUAGGGACCUCGCAGGGACAAUUUCACUUUUAGUAGAAACUUUCCGAUUGUACUGAUUGGUAAAAUUGAUACUAAAUUAGGUCAAUGGGAUUUUUCGUUGAGUCGAAUUAGAGAGUUAGAGACUCUUUGAUUUUAUUCUUAUUUAUCGUAUUACUCAAGCCAUUGUGUUUUGUCUAAAAAUAUUUUAUAAACUUGAAUCUUCGUUACGUUACAAUUUAAGUUUGAAAAAUUGAAAUUUUAUUAUAAGUGUUAUAUUAAAAUGCUGCAAUUAUUUUCUACCAUAUUUUGCCACAACACCGAUUGAUGCAUACGAUGAAGUCGAUUCCUUCGAUUGCUGAACAUAAUACUCGAUCUGCCAGAUACAGCAUGGCUGAAAGACUUGGUUUAGGUCCUGAAGUUCGGGAAUUGAAAUUAGGACCUUCUUUUACUAAUAAUAAAUCGACAGCAUUCCAUACACUUAAAUAUGAUUUUAAACCAGCAAGUGUAGAUGUGUCUAAAAUGGCCAGAGUAGAUGUUGGAGCAAAUAAUACUAUGACCGUUACUGUUCCACAUUUAGAUGGAGCAGGUAUUCCUCAUACAGUGUUCAAGGGUUCUCAGAGGCCUUACCAUAAAGAAUGUGUUCUUAUAAUUGAUAGAAUAACAGGAGAAAUAACUUUAGAAAAGUUAUCUGCGAAUGUUCAAGUUAAAAAGACUCGAACAGAACCAAAGUCUCAAGUACAUUUGGGAACUUCUACGACAAAUAGUAUUAAUAGACCUAUUACACCUGUGGAAACUAAAAAAAGUCCAACUCAUGGUAGGCCGACUAACAAGGCAAAAAUUGUAAACCGUAAAAAAAGAGAUCCAGUAGUUCAAUUGCAUUCAAAGCAAAGUAGUCCUGUUCAAAUAUCACCAUAUCAUGGGAAAAGUCCACCAAAUUCAAUAUCUGAUAGUUUACCAAUGCAAUCAUCGACAGCACAAUCAACUUUGGCUAGUCUUCCAAUGAUUAGUUCAGAAAAUGAUGAUUUCCCUAUGAUAUCACCGAUGUCAUCAUUCGUAGCAUCCCAAUCUACGAAUUUAACCAGAAUGUCUCCUAUAAUGAACACUCGGCCUCCUGUACAAGCUCCAGCUGCUGCAGAUAGUGAUGAAGAAGCUCUUAGCGAUUCAAGUUCAGGAAGUUCAAGUUCGGAUAGUUCAGAUAGUGAUUCUGAUACAGGAAAUGUUCCAGUACCAACAGCGACUAAUGGUCAUUCUAACGGUACGACUUUAUCGCCGACGUCGCUAAUGCCAAAUAACUUACUAAACGAGGAUUUACAGCUGUCGGAAUCAGAAUCUGACAGUGAUUAAUAAUGAUUUUUUAAAACGGUAAAAGUAAUAAAAAUGUGGUCUCUAUGAUAGAUAUGCAUGAGAAAUAUCUUAUUGUGAGAUUACGUGUUAUUGUGUAUUUUCUAAUCAAUGACAUAUAUUUGCAAAAAAAAAAAAAAAGAACGAAUGGAAAUAUUAUAUUGUUCGAUUCAGAAAUCAACAGCCAUUAAUAUAUGUUUGAAAAUGAAUUAAAUUUGAUUGUAUAUAAAAGAUAUACCACCCUAUAAAUAUAAUGGAAUAAUGAACAUUAUAUGUUCAACGAAUAAUUUCAUUUAAUAAUACUUGAAAAGAAAUAUCAGAUUUUAUUUCAUGCAAGAUCCUGAAUUGAUGCUAUAAUAUGGAUUGAUUCUAAUAUAAUGCAAAAAUAGAAAAAAGUACUCAUUAUGAAAUAUUUAUGUUUAAUGGAUAUAAUAUACUAAUUUAUUAAUAUUCUGUUUUAAGCAAAUUCUGUAUGUAAAUUAAGAAAUGAUACCAUAGAUACAAUAAAAAAGCUACUUUUAAAUUAUAUAAAGGGCAUUAUCUAUAUGAAAGAUGUAUUUGCAUAAAAAGGAUAGUUAGGUUGUAAAAAUGUUAAGUGACUAAUAUUAUUUAAAUACAUAAUCUUAAAUACCAUGAUCUAAUAGAAAUUUCAUUCAUCUAUGCAUAGUUGAAAUAAAAACUUGCUAUAAUUAAA